CUUCGCCCCCCUGUCGCCGUUGCUAUGGUGUCGCGGCUCUACGUGCUGCUGUGGGCAGUGGCGGCAGCGACGGCGCUGCUGAGCCGGCUGGCGGUAGCGGUGGGGCCGGUGGUGCGGUGCGACCCGUGCGACUCCCGGGCGCUGGAGCAGUGCAAGCCGUUGGCGCCCGAGUGCCCGGAGCUGGUGCGGGAGCCCGGCUGCGGCUGCUGCUGGACGUGCGCCUUGCAAGAAGGGCAGCCGUGCGGCGUGUACACCGAGCGCUGCGGCGCCGGGCUCAGCUGCCGGCCCCGGAGCGACGAACAGAAACCCCUCCAAGCACUCCUCGAUGGCAAGGGGCUCUGCACCAACGUCAGCGGCGACGCGGCGGCGGGCGGAGGAGGAGGAGGCAGCAGCAGCAGCAAGUUCCGCGCCCUCCUCCUGCGAGGGACCCACGGGCCAGGGAAUUCCAGUGAUUCAGAGGAAGACCAGAGCAUCAGCAGCACAGAGAAUCAGUCUGUCCCCAACACACACAGGGUGUUGGAUUCCAAGUCACAUGCUCACAACACCAAAAUAGAUAUCAUCAGGAAAGAGCAAGCCAAAAAUACCCAGCGCUACAAGUACGAUUCACAAAGCACAGACACACUGAAUUUCUCUUCUGAGUCCAAACAGGAGACUGAAUAUGGUCCUUGCCGGAGAGAAAUGGAAGACACAUUAAACAAUCUCAAGAUUCUGAAUGUCUUAAGCCCGAGGGGAAUGCAUAUUCCAAAUUGUGAUAAGAAAGGAUUCUACAAGAAAAAACAAUGUCGUCCAUCUAGAGGCCGAAAGAGAGGCUACUGUUGGUGUGUGGAUAAAUAUGGGCAGCCACUUCCUGGAUAUGAUGGGAAGGGAAAAGGAGAUGUCCAUUGCUACAAUUUAGAAAGCAAAUGAGGGACAUGCACCAUCUUCCAUGGAAUCUGUGUGUGGCAUCUUGACCCGUCAGAGGCCUUGGAGUGACUGGGAUAUAGCAUGGACUGCGUUGGACUUGGGAGUUCUGAGUUCUACCCCCUGCUCAUUUGUGGGGAUUCAAUGACUCUUUGGACUCUGCAGCUGCAUCCUGCCACUGGCACACUUCCAGUUUUCUAUAGAUUCACGCAGGGAGCUCUGAAAUCCCAAAUAAAUCUGCACUAUUGAUCCCCAGAAAGAAUAAGGGAAAAUAAAGGCACUUCAGAAUGGAUUCAGGGAGUCUCCACUGACUUUGUGUGUUUUUGUUUGUUAAAUAACGGCCUGUGACCAAUUUGAUCCCGAAAGAUAACUGUGUUUCAUUUUAAAGAAUUUAUCAACUGUAAGCUUUGUAAAGAUAUUAAAGACUUUGGGUAUGAUCCAACCAAAGCUAAGUAUUUUUAAGUCCCAUAGAUUUCAAUUGGAGAGUUAAUCAUGAUCUUCUCCCUCUCCUGUUGAAAUCAAAGGGACUUAGAUGCUUAGCUUAGGUUGGAUCACACUCAGUGUUUUAAAGUUUAAGCUUUUUUGUUUUAUACAGGUCUGACGGGAAACUUAUCUUCACGGGUAAAAAUGUUUAUUAAAAAAAGCUCAAAGAACUUUUUAAAAGAAACAUGUUUCUACAUUGCUAUUUUUUUCUGUAAAAUAUACUGUAUUAUGAAUAUUCUGUUAGUCUGUAUUUAAUAUAAUUGUUUUUUAAAUAAACUAUUUAAAUGUAA